CAUUACCAUACAAAGUGACGUCAAUGUUUGUGCUGCUGGCAGAAUACUAGUCUGGUUCGUCUGUAUCCACAACACGUUGGGAGUAUGACGCAGGCAGUGCAGACGAAUGGGGUGCAACCCCUCAGUAAGACAUGGGAACUCAGUCUGUAUGAGCUACAAAGGACUCCACAGGAGGCCAUCACAGAUGGCCUGGAGAUCGCGGUGUCUCCCAGGAGCCUCCACAGUGAGCUGAUGUGUCCCAUCUGUCUGGACAUGCUGAAGAACACCAUGACAACCAAGGAAUGUCUGCAUCGUUUCUGUGCCGACUGCAUCAUCACCGCCCUCAGAUCAGGCAACAAGGAAUGCCCUACGUGCAGGAAGAAGCUGGUGUCUAAGCGGUCCCUGCGGCCGGACCCUAACUUCGACGCCCUCAUCAGUAAGAUCUACCCGAGCAGAGACGAGUACGAGGCCCACCAGGAGAGGGUUCUGGCCCGCAUCUCCAAACACAACAACCAGCAGGCCCUGUCCCACAGCAUCGAGGAGGGCCUCAAGAUACAGGCCAUGAACAGGCUGCAGCGAGGGAAGAAGCAUCAGCUGGAGAACGGGAGUGGGGUGGAGGACAACGGCGACUCCUCCCACUGCAGCAACGCCUCCGUCCACUCUAACCAGCAGGAGGCGGGGCCGAGCAUCAAGCGUACCAAGACGUCAGAUGACUCUGGUCUGGACAUGGACAACGCUACAGAGAACGGAGGAGGAGGAGACGCGGCCGUGGACGGAGCCAGCGAGAUAGAACUGGUGUUCUGUCCUCAUCCUACGCUCAUGGACAAGGGCGACACCGUGCAGACCAGUGUUGAGUUUGUUCCCAGGUACAUCAAGACGUCGGGUAACGCCACAGUCGACCACCUGUCUAAGUACCUGGCUGUGCGUCUGGCCCUGGAGGAACUGAGGAAGAACGGAGAGGCCAGCCCUGUCAAUGUAGACGCUGCCUCCGAGAAACAAUACACCAUUUACAUCCCUACAGCCAACGGCCAGUUCACGGUGCUGAACGGGUCUUUCUCUCUGGAGCUUGUCAGCGAGAAGUACUGGAAGGUGAACAAGCCCAUGGAGCUGCUCUUCGCCCCCACCAAGGAGCACAAGUAGACCAGCUGGAGUACACCUGGGGGGGUAGACCGCCUGGAGAACACCUGGGGGGUAGACCGCCUGGAGAGCACCUGGGGGGUAGACCGCCUGGAGAACACCUGGGGGGUAGACCGCCUGGAGUACACCUGGGGGGUAGACCGCCUGGGGGGGUAGACCGCCUGGAGUACACCUGGGGGGUAGACCGCCUGGAGAACACCUGGGGGGUAGACCGCCUGGAGUACACCUGGGGGGUAGACCGCCUGGGGGGGUAGACCGCCUGGAGUACACCUGGGGGGUAGACCGCCUGGAGUACACCGGGGGGUAGACAGCCUGGAGAACACCUGGGGGGUAGACUGCCUGGAGUACACCUGGGGGGUAGACCGCCUGGGGGGUAGACCGCCUGGAGUACACCUGGGGGGGUAGACCGCCUGGAGAACACCUGGGGGGUAGACCGCCUGGGGUACACCUGGGGGGUAGACCGCCUGGAGUACACCUGGGGGGUAGACCGCCUGGAGUACACCUGGGGGGUAGACCGCCUGGAGUACACCUGGGGGGUAGACCGCCUGGGGUACACCUGGGGGGUAGACCGCCUGGAGUACACCUGGGGGGGUAGACCGCCUGGAGUACACCUGGGGGGGUAGACCGCCUGGAGUACACCUGGGGGGUAGACCGCCUGGAGUACACCUGGGGGGGUAGACCGCCUGGAGUACACCUGGGGGGGUAGACCGCCUGGAGUACACCUGGGGGGGUAGACCGCCUGGAGUACACCUGGGGGGGUAGACCACCUGGGGGGUAGACCGCCUGGAGUACACCUGGGGGGUAGACCGCCUGGAGUACACCUGGGGGGGUAGACCUCCUGGAGUACACCUGGGGGGGUAGACCGCCUGGAGUACACCUGGGGGGGUAGACCGCCUGGAGUACACCUGGGGGGGUAGACCGCCUGGAGUACACCUGGGGGGGUAGACCGCCUGGAGUACACCUGGGGGGGUAGACCGCCUGGAGUACACCUGGGGGGGUAGACCGCCUGGAGUACACCUGGGGGGGUAGACCGCCUGGAGUACACCUGGGGGGGUAGACCGCCUGGAGUACACCUGGGGGGGUAGACCGCCUGGAGUACACCUGGGGGGUAGACCGCCUGGAGUACACCUGGGGGGUAGACCGCCUGGAGUACACCUGGGGGGUAGACCGCCUGGAGUACACCUGGGGGGGUAGACCGCCUGGAGUACACCUGGGGGGGUAGACCGCCUGGAGUACACCUGGGGGGGUAGACCGCCUGGAGGACGAGGUGUCUAAUGGACUCUCUCUCUCUCUCUACAUCUCUCUCUCGCUCUCUCUCUCUACAUCUCUCUCUCUCUACAUCUCUCUCUACAUCUACACUUCUCUCGCUCUCUCUCUCUCUCUACAUCUCUCUCUCUACAUGUCUCUCUCUCUCUCUCUCUCUCUACAUCUCUCUCUCUACAUCUCUCUCUCUCUCUACAUUUCUCUCUCUACAUCUCUCUCUCUACAUCUACACUUCUCUCGCUCUCUCUCUCUCUCUCUCUCUACAUCUCUCUCUCUGUCUGGUGUGAAUUUGUUGGUAACAAGUUAGUAUAGGGGGUAUGUAUAAAUGUAUCUGAUAUAGUCACUAGCCAGGUAGAACCUCAUCGUAAGCAUUACUUGAGACGUCACUGCCAUUCCAGGGUGGCGUUCAGGAGGGCACUGAACGCUGCUGCUAGAAAUGCCAUAGAUUUGUCAUGAUUUCUUACUCUACAUGUCAGAUAAGCAUGUAUGUUCUCUCUCUAUCUACAUCGCUCUCUCCAGGGCUGUCUACCUGCUUUCUGUGUUUAGGUCCUAAUACUGAGGUGGUAGUUCCAGAGCCUUCUACCUGCUCUCUGUGUUUAGGUCCUAAUACUGAGGUGGUAGUUCCAGGGCCUUCUACCUGCUCUUUGUGUUUUAGGUCCUAAUACUGAGGUGGUAGUUCCAGGGCCUUCUACCUGCUCUGGAUAACCGUGGCUGUUUCAGGAUGUUGUAUGGUCUUUUUGUAUCUGGGGGACGGUGGGUUGGGGACGAGGAGGCUUUUUGAGAUAUAUGUCCAGUGUUUCCGUACAGAGAACUAAUGUUUUUGUUAUGUUAAAAAAAAAAAAAAUCUUUAUGGACUGAUACCAUCGUUUGAAAUGUCCAGCAGAGAAGUCAUGAAGCUGUUUUCUAUAAACCCACGAUUCAGUUGUAUUUGUUGACAUAGUGUGACUCAAAGGGCACCCUAUUUCCCUAUGUAGUGCACUACUUUUGACCAGGGCCCAUAGGUCUUCCUAUUCCCUAUGUAGUGCACUACUUUUGACCAGGGCCCAUAGGCCUUCCUAUUUCCCUAUGUAGUGCACUACCUUUGACCAGGGCCCAUAGGUCUUCCUAUUCCCUAUGUAGUGCACUACUUUUGACCAGGGCCCAUAGGUCUUCCUAUUCCCUAUAUAGUGCACUACUUUUGACCAGGGCCCAUAGGUCUUCCUAUUUCCCUAUGUAGUGCACUACUUUUGACCAGGGCCCAUAGGUCUUCCUAUUUCCCUAUGUAGUGCACUACCUUUGACCAGGGCCCAUAGGUCUUCCUAUUCCCUAUAUAGUGCACUACUUUUGACCAGGGCCCAUAGGUCUUCCUAUUCCCUAUGUAGUGCACUACUUUUGACCAGGGCCCAUAGGUCUUCCUAUUCCCUAUGUAGUGCACUACUUUUGACCAGGGCCCAAUAGAGUGCACUUUAGGACAGAACCGUAGUGAUGUCACUUCACCUGACUGAUCUGGGCGCCGUGACAACGUGUCAUUGGUAAAUCAUCACAGUGGACUAAGGGCCUACUGUUCAUUUCCUGUUCCCUUUGACCAAAAUGGCAAACGAGGGCUUUGGUAUACAUAAGAAAUUAGGGUGCUCCAAUGACAAACAAACAUCUGAUAUAACACGCGGUCAUUCUGUUAGUAACCUGAAGAGACAGACUUCAUCUCAUUGUUAUCCUUCUCUAGUCUGCUUUCAUUCUGUUGUCCUAGAAACGUUUGAUAUUAACAGCAGGGUUGGGCUCGAUUCCUCUUCACUUCAGUCACAUCAGGAAGUGGAAUAAUCUCUAAACCUUCCAUCUCUCUGAGGUGGAUGAAUCUCUCCUGUCCUGUGACUUCUUCAAGGAUCCAGUGGGUUUUUUUUUUUAAACCAAUGAACAUGUUUCUAUUCCUGAAUUUGAGUUUCAAUUCACCUCCUCCUGAAUUGACUAAGGCUAAAAUUGACCCAACCCUGCUUCACUGGCUAACAGUCCCGUUAAAUACAACUAGGCUGCUUUAUUAUUUCUGUAUAUUGUCCAGGAUCUUUGUUCAUGCCAACAUCUCAACCACAUUUUGGGAGAAGAAUUGAAUGAAUCGUGCAUUAACAGGUCAGACUUCAUCAGCUGUAUGGAAUUAAUGUCUGUACAUGAACCAACCAGCUCCAUUCAUCACCUUCAAGCUUAGUGUGAGAUAGAAGAGGGACCCAAAUCGGGGUUUCUCUCCCCCCCCCAAAAAAAUAAUAUUUCAGAACGACGAUACCGUGGAAGAAAAAUGUGCAAAUGUACUUUUUAGAAGCAUGGUCAGUUUCACAGUUUGACAACAUCCUUUGUAUAAAUAUCAGUUAUUGUUGUUGAAACUGUAAAUGGAAAUAUCUGUUUGGAAAAUAAACAAUGUCUGUUCAACAUGGAA